AUGUGUUUCGUCGAGUACGUCGGCUACACCUGCGGCCACACCAGCGUCCCCGUCAUGCGGCCCUGCCCCAUGACCACGCAGAUGCACAACAACCCCUGCUGCCCGCACCCGGCCUGCCGCCCCAUGCUCCCCUCCAGCAUGUGUCCGGCCUGCGGCCGCAUCCUCCACGGCCGCUUCAUCGACAUCAUCGAAUACGAGCACCGGUUCAUGCACGAGCGCGGCGCCUGCAGCUGCGGCAUCCGGUUUCCGCACCUGCAACAGCCGCGCAUGGUCACCCGCAGCGGAAGCGGCAGCGGCAGCGGCUACGGCCCCACUUCUUUCGGCCUUGGCGAGCCCCCGGCACCACCCAUCUUCCCGGCAACCGCGCAGAUAGACGGCUCCCAGUUCUCCUUCUCCCCGUCAGCCGCGGCUUUUACGCCCUCUGCCGACCCGAGCCCAUACACGCCUUUUGCACAACCGUCGACCUCCACCACCGCUGCUAGCAUUAACAUUGCAGCAGCAACAACAACUCUUCCUACCAGCCUGGCUAAUCUCAGCAUCACCAGCACGCCCCCCUCCGACGUCUGCAGCGCUAGCCCCGAGAUCCCUCCUAGCCGCCAGCACCAGCGCCACGGCAAGGGCAGCAAGAAAUGGAAGGGCAAAGGACGCAGCGGAGACCACCACCAGUCUUUCUACCAGAACAACAAUCGCCAUCAGCGUCGUCGCGCCUCGUCUUCCGGCACGCCUCGUAAUGGUAAUGCUCCCGGACUACCGCCCUUAUUCGAGGAGAGGGAGCACAGCCCCUCCUCCCGACGCCUCAGUGUAUCGGUCCGCAUGCUGAGCCUCUACGGCGCCGAGUGGACACGUGACCACGCCGAGCUGCACCGGGCGGGCCGCUGCUCAUGUGACAUCACGUUUGAUCGGUAUACCGGCCGCUCGGAAAUGCGUGAAGAAAUUGCGGCUGCUAGGAGCAACAAUAACGACAAUAAUAGCGGUAGUGGCACGCCCAUGAUCCAGUAUGGCCCGAACGACGCUCGUCGAUAUGCCAAUGACGGCGAGAGCGCCAACACCUCGCCCACGUACAACUACGACGGCAACACUGGUGCCAGCACCUCCAGCUACCAGAGCCCCAGCGUAUCAAACUUCGCGCCUGGCUUCCAGCCGCCCGCGGAUCAGGCAACCCCGCCGUAUUUGCACAUCUCCGACAGCGUUCAUCAAUACUGGACCCCCCACACCACGCAAUCCGCGCCAAUCACUCCCAUCGCUCCCGGCCAGCCCGCCCGUUGGGCCUGUAGCCCAUACGACACGUCCGCGAUCUACGGUCACGGACAACAGCCCCAGCAGCAGCAGCAGCAGCAUGGCUACAACAACGCCGCCGCCGCAUCCGGAGUCCCGAUUUUCCCUAGCGCCAUCAGCCAUCCCAUCGACAUGCAGACCAUCUACUACGAGCCAGAAGGCACCCCUAUUCUCGGACUCCCCGUCGGCGCGGGCCCCGAAGGCGACUCUCACAUGCCCCCCUUCGAGAACUGCGAGCUGUACUACCCCAAACUUUCCCCGGAGCAGCGCCCGGCAUCUCACUGAAGAUAAUACCAGAGAUAUCAGAUCUCAGACAUACAUCAUCUUUGACAAUCCGACAACCAUAUCGUCGUCAUCUGCACCUGCAUAUGAGCUUUCGCCAUUUCGGCAAUAUACCACCUACUUGCUACAAUAUCGCUUGACAUAAAAUAAAAGAGAGAUAAACCAGCGACAACUUUCGCUGAACUGAUCGGCUGGAGAAAGAGAAGAUACAAACCGUAAGGACAGAAGAGGG